ACACGUUUCAUAUCUGUCUGUCUCUGAGACUGAGUCGCACCUUAGUUGUACAGUUUCUCCCAGCAAAAUCCCUGCUCAUCACUUCACUGAAGAAAGGGACAGAAUCUCCCUAUUUCUCGGCUUCGCUGUCUUUCUACUGUGUGGGCAUUUUGGUAAAAAGUGUAUCUGAUCCAGUAGAUAUGGAUUCUUCUCUUUCACACUGCAAUUAUGAAAAUUUAGACAGAGUUGUGUUCUCUAUAAUGCAAUCUGUUGCAGUGGAAACUGCCAGUCUUGCUUACAAGUCUUUGCUUUUGCUUCUAUUUGUUAUGGGAUCUCAACCAAAUGAAAUGCACAUGGUACCAGAGUAUACGAGAUUUCCUUUUGCUGAACUAAAUAGAAUGGAAAAACCAGCAACGGAAAGUCGAGAUGUUGGUGAAACUGAGGAACGGGUGGAUGGAGAUGAUGGAAAUGUUGACGAUGAUGAGGAAGGUCAUGAUGGUUCCUCUGGAGAGGAAGAGACAGAUGAUGAUGAAGAGGACUCUGAGGACGACACUGAUAGUGACGAAGAUGAUGAUGAUGAGGAUGACGACGAUGACAGUGAUGAUGAGGACGACGACGAUGAUGAUGAAGGCGAUGAGGAUGAAGAUGAAGAUGAAGAGGAAGAUGAGGAUGAGGAGAAUUAACGUAUGAAGCAGUGAAUAUCUUCAGCCUCAUCUUUCUUAAUUGGUGGGUCCCAUCCGUAUGCAGCAAUAUCUUAUCGGACCAAACUCUUUUCCGAUCACCUCGAUCUGAUUUUGCUCUGGUCCUGUUAUUGCCACAUACUCCACACCUGUAGAUAUGAUUCGACCAAAAAUUUAAUCAAGCGACGAGCUAUAAAACAAUGUGACCAAUGCUCAAAACUUUUUUUACCUGAACAGCUGGCUGCAACAUUCACUGCUUUGAAACGGUACUUCCCAGUAAUUUGCACCUUUAUCAUAACUUUUCUCUGCAAUAAAUCAAUGGAGGUUUAUGCUUAUCACUAUAUAAAGUCGUUAGCAAGAAAAUGAUUACAAAAUAUUCAAGAAACUGUAACUUAAGCGUACUUUUGUUUCCUGCAAUUUCGGAAAGAAAGUGUCCCCAUCAGUAUCACUCGUCCAUUGCAAGCCAUCCCACCAGUUUCUAGGUCCCUUUAUUUCUUUUAAAUUCUUUGCACUACUGGAAUUGAACGGUAGAUUCUUUAGUUUUGAGCAGAAGCAUACAGAUAAGCUUAUCAGACAAAGAAAUUGCAGAGUCCGGCGGGAGAUGUAUUCCAGCUUUGGCAGGCUUGUCAAGGAUAAAUCUGUGAGAUUGGCGAACAUAGCCUCUCCUGAAUUUUCAUCCACUAAUUCAACCAUUUCAUUACAUUCGCAUAAUGUCAAAUUUCGAACAUUUGGAGCGUGGAUGAGCCAAGCCACAUUCUUAACCUGACAGUUGAAAAUGCUUACAAAACUAAGAUUUUGGAGGAGUUCCUGUACUAACGACUUGCGGUAACCAGGAAACACCUGUGACUCUUGAUCGCUUUCAUUGUUAACUUCAACCUCCAUCAGCGACGGACAGUUCCACAACUCGAGUCUUUCUAGAUGCUCCAUGCUUUUCAGAGACAAUUUAGACAAGGGUACUGAGACCUGAUCUGCAGGCUUCACGAACUUCAGUUGUUUGAUGCAUUUUCGCAGCUUGUGGCUGCUCAGCAGUUUCAGGACAGCGUCGGACGAAGACAAGAUGAUACCUAGCUCUUUUAUGUGUUUUAAGCAUUCCAAUUCCUCAAGAAAGCUUGCUUCAUCAUAUUGUGGAGAAUAGAUACUUGCAUCAACUGACAUUGUAAAUGCAGUCAACCAGACAUGCUAGAUAUGAAGCCGCGUUCAAUCCUCACAAGGUGGCCUGUAAUCAAAGUCCUCGAGCUUUUCAGGUUCUGAACUUCAGAAGGAAGAUGUUUAAUACCUGUUACUGACAAAUUGAGAUAAAGCAAGCAAUCAAGACCUGCAAUGCCCGAAGGUAGAUCAGUUAAGCGACUAUUAUCUGACAAAUCCAACACAGUUAAAGUUGGCAUAGAUUGAAAGAAUCCACUUGGUAAAUCCACCAGACUUGUGGCUCUGAGAAGCAAUGUCGUAAGAUGAGUGCGUUUACCCAUUUUGAUGAUGACUCCAACGCAUUCUCCUGUGUCAGGACUUUGUCCUCUGCCUUCCCCUCGUCACAAGCUAGCCAUAAUGCCAUUGCAUGAUUCACAGUGUGCAUCUUAACAAAUUUUUCUGACUUGCCAUUUUCAAGCAAACUUGCAAGUUUUAAGCUUGAGAUUAUUUCUUGCCCUUCUUCCCGUGGAUCAAUUAUGUCGUCUAAUAUCCCUUCCGCAAUACAAAGCUCAAUUAUUUCCUGUUUCUUAACAUUCUGGCCUUCUGGAAACAAACAGAAAUAAAUAAAGCAUUUCUUA